ACAAGAAACGCUUGCAAAGCGUUUCAGUGAAGCGGGAGCAGGAAGGGAACGGCCAUCCAAAUCCCAAGCUUUACUGCAUAACAAGUGGUAACAACCCACAGAUAAUCAAAAACAAACAAACUUUCAGAACUAAGCAAUGUUUUAAUCGACUUUUCGAAGGCUAACAUUGUACUCAAUCGAGGAGAGUUCUGAUCAAAAACUACGUCGUCAAAAUUACCUCAUCCGCCAUUUUGUGAAGACAAGUCUUAGACCAAAAUGGCUUCGGUUUCUGGAUCUCCAGCUCCMCUAAAAGACGUCAAAAGAUGCCAGUUUGGUAUUUUAGGACCAGACGAAGUAAAACAAAUGUCUGUGACUACUGAUGGAGGUGUGAAGUACGCAGAAACUAUGGAAGGAGGACGUCCAAAGCUGAACGGCCUUAUGGAUCCAAGGCAGGGCACCAUUGAUCGCUUCUCACGAUGUCAGACAUGUGCAGGGAAUAUGACUGAAUGUCCUGGUCAUUUUGGCCAUAUUGAACUCGCCAAACCAGUAUUUCACGUUGGAUACUUGGCAACAACUGUUAAAUACCUGCGUUGUGUGUGUUUUUACUGCUCAAAGUUGCUCGUUGACGCGAAUGAUCCCAGAGUGAAGGAGAUCRUGUCCAAAACUACCACACAACCCAAGAAAAGAAUGCAGCACAUCUAUGACCUUUGRAAAGGGAAGAARGUUUGUGAAGGAGGUGAUGAAAUGGACACAACUCUCACGGGAAACCAGGAAAAUGGAGAGGACACUGACAAGAAAAUAAAUCAUGGUGGAUGUGGUCGCUACCAGCCCAAGUUCAGAAAAACAGGCUUAGACCUAACUGCUGAAUGGAAACAUGUCAAUGAUGAUUCAAGUGAGAAAAAGAUAAAUUUGUCAGCUGAGCGUGUACAUGAAAUCUUCAAACGAAUCUCUGAUGAAGAGUGUGAAAUACUUGGCAUGAACCCUAAGUAUGCUAGACCAGAUUGGAUGGUGAUAACAGUGCUUCCUGUACCUCCUUUACCAGUUAGACCAUCCAUUAUUCUUAGUGGCACAGCAAGAAGCCAGGAUGACUUGACACACAAGCUGGCUGAGAUAGUGAAAGCUAARAACAACUUGCAAAGGAAUGAACUCAAUGGUGCUGCAGCACACAUCAUUGCAGAGGAUACCAGAUUGCUACAAUAUCACGUAGCAACCUUGAUUGAUAAUGAAAUCCCUGGACUUCCAAGGGCAAUGCAAAAAUCAGGUCGGCCACUCAAGUCAGUCAAACAGCGAUUAAAGAGCAAAGAAGGACGUAUCAGAGGAAAUCUAAUGGGAAAACGUGUAGAUUUCUCAGCUCGUGCUGUCAURACUCCUGAUCCAGUGCUUUCUAUUGAUCAAGUUGGUGUCCCUAGAACCAUCGCACAGAAUCUAACUUUUCCAGAGAUUGUGACUCCUUUUAACAUUGACAGCAUGCAGGAGCUAGUGAGAAGAGGCAACAAUCAAUACCCUGGGGCCAAGUACAUCAUCAGAGACAAUGGAGAAAGAGUAGACUUGAGGUUUCACCCUAAACCAAGUGACUUACAUCUCCAGUUUGGAUACAAGGUUGAAAGACAUAUAAGAGAUAACGAUGUUAUCAUCUUCAAUCGUCAACCUACGUUGCAUAAAAUGUCCAUGAUGGGCCAUAGAGUGAAGAUUCUACCAUGGUCUACUUUUAGGCUGAAUCUUAGUGUAACAACUCCAUACAAUGCUGAUUUUGAUGGAGAUGAAAUGAACCUCCAUGUACCUCAGUCCUUAGAAGCAAAGGCUGAGAUCUCAGAAAUAAUGAUGGUACCACGGAACAUUGUUACUCCACAGUCCAACAAACCUGUCAUGGGUAUUGUGCAAGAUUCAUUGACUGCCAUAAGAAAGUUUACAAAGAGAGAUGUAUUUAUUGAAAAAGACACAAUGAUGAAUUUAUUGAUGUGGAUCCCAAACUGGAAUGGUAAGAUUCCRCAGCCAGCCAUUCUUAAACCCAAACCACUGUGGACCGGUAAACAAGUGUGCAGUAUCUUCAUACCUGGACAAGUUAACGUAAUACGWACACACAGUACCCACCCUGAUGAUGAAGAUUCRGGGCCUUACAAGUACAUAUCACCAGGAGACACCAAGGUCCUUAUUGAACAUGGGGAACUUCUAUCUGGRAUCCUCUGUAAAAAGUCCCUUGGUACAUCAUCUGGUAGCUUGACUCAUGUUAUUGCUAUGGAGCUGAGUCAUGAAGUAGCCAGGGAAUUCUAUGGUACCACACAAGUAGUAGUUAAUAACUGGCUAUUACUGGAAGGCCAUAGUAUUGGUAUUGGUGACUGUAUUGCAGAUUCUGAUACCUAUGAUGAGAUUCAGAAGGCAACAAGGAAAGCUAAGAAAGACGUGAUAGAAGUCAUUGAGAAGGCUCACAACGACAUGUUGGAGCCAACUCCUGGUAAUACACUAAGACAGACAUUUGAAAACCAAGUCAAUCGUAUUCUGAAUGACUGUCGUGACAAGACUGGUAGCAGUGCACAGAAAAGCUUGUCAGAGUUCAACAAUUUUAAGGCCAUGGUGGUAGCUGGCUCUAAGGGAUCGAAGAUUAACAUUUCUCAGGUUAUUGCAGUGGUAGGUCAACAGAACGUUGAAGGAAAGCGAAUCCCUUUUGGUUUCCGUCAUCGUACACUACCGCAUUUCAUCAAGGAUGAUUAUGGUCCUGAAAGUAGAGGUUUUGUAGAGAAUUCCUACCUUGCAGGUCUCACACCAACAGAAUUCUURUUUCACGCUAUGGGUGGUCGUGAGGGUCUUAUUGAUACAGCUGUGAAGACCAGUGAAACAGGUUAUAUUCAGCGUCGUCUGAUCAAGGCCAUGGAAGGCUUAAGUAUUGCUUAUGACGGUACAAUAAGAAACUCUAACAACCAAAUGAUUCAGUUGCGUUAUGGAGAYGAUGGCAUGGAUGGUGGUGCUAUUGAAUUCCAAAACAUCGCAACCAUGAGACCAUCCACUUCGGCUUUUGAAAAGAAAUUCCAUUUUGAUCUUUCUAAUGAGAGAAGGUUGAGGAGGUACUUUCAGGAUGAUAUUGUUCGUGACAUGACCGGCAGUGCAACUGCUUUGCAAGAGCUYGAGUCUGAAUUUAGCGUCCUGCAAGAUGAUCGAGAUUUAUUGAGGAGGAUUUUCCCGACGGGAAAUGCGAGAGUAGCUCUUCCAGUAAACCUCAGCAGGUUGAUAUGGAAUGCUCAAAAGACUUUCAGAAUAAACAGCCGAUCAUCGACUGAUCUUCAUCCAUUACGAGUUAUUGAAGGUGUUCGUGAUUUGUCUAAGAAACUGAUUGUCGUGUCUGGAGAAGACCACAUCAGUAAACAAGCACAGUUCAAUGCUACUCUGUUAUUCAACAUUCUUCUACGAUCGACAUUGUGRACCAAGAGAGUGGCUGAAGAGUUCCAUUUGACUUCUGAAGCAUUUGAAUGGCUUCUUGGGGAAAUUGAAACAAGAUUCCAUUACGCCUUUGGUAAGCCAGGCGAGAUGGUGGGUGCUUUAGCAGCUCAGUCACUUGGUGAACCAGCUACUCAGAUGACACUGAAUACCUUCCAUUACGCUGGUGUAUCGGCCAAGAACGUUACACUUGGAGUACCACGUCUAAAGGAAAUCAUCAAUGUUUCAAAGAGACCUAAAACUCCUUCCUUGACUGUCUUCUUGAUCGGACAAGCAGCUAGAGAUGCAGAAAUGGCUAAGUCCGUACUGUGCCGUCUAGAGCAUACAACCCUACGUAAAGUAACAGCCAAUACUGCCAUUUACUAUGAUCCCGAUCCUCAAAACACUGUGAUCGGUGAAGAUCAAGACUUUGUUAAUGUCUAUUAUGAGAUGCCUGACUUUGAUGUCUCGCGAAUCUCUCCAUGGCUGCUUCGUAUUGAAUUAGACCGAAAAAGAAUGACUGACAAGAAAUUGACCAUGGAGCAAAUCUCAGAAAAGAUUAACCUUGGAUUUGGAGAUGAUCUCAAUUGUAUAUUCAACGACGAUAAUGCAGAAAAAUUGAUUCUUAGAAUCAGGAUCAUGAACAAUGAUGAAGGCAAGAUGGGCGAUGACGAAGACGUUGAUAAAAUGGACGACGAUGUGUUUCUCCGAUGUAUCGAACAGAACAUGCUGACUGACAUGACUCUACAAGGUAUUGAAUCCAUCUCUAAGGUGUACAUGAACUUGCCUGAUGAAGACAAGAAGAAAAGAAUUGUUAUAACAGAGCAGGGCGAGUUCAAAGCCAUCCAGGAAUGGAUUCUAGAAACCGAUGGGGUCAGCUUACUUCGAGUUCUCAGUGAGAGAGACGUUGAUCCCGUUCGAACAACCUCCAACGACAUAUGUGAAAUCUUUACGGUACUUGGUAUCGAAGCAGUUCGUAAAUCAGUUGAACGAGAGAUGAACCAUGUUAUCUCAUUCGAUGGUUCAUACGURAARUAUCGUCAUCUGGCUCUACUUUGUGAUAUUAUGACAUGUAGAGGUCAUUUAAUGGCCAUCACAAGACAUGGUAUCAACAGGCAGGACGUCGGCGCUUUGAUGAGAAGUUCCUUUGAAGAAACGGUUGAUGUCUUAAUGGAAGCCGCAGCGCAUUCCGAGACUGAUCAUCUUCGUGGUGUCAGUGAAUGCAUUAUUCUCGGAAAACUACCAAGGAUUGGAACAGGGUGUUUUGAUCUUAUGCUUGACGCAGAGAAAUGCAAAUAUGGCAUGGAGAUUGCUACUAAUAUCAUGGGACCCGGUAUGGGUGGACCACUGGCUGGAUCUGGUGUGUUCUUUGGUGCAGCAGGGUCACCAAGUGGUAUGUCUCCACCCACAACUCCAUGGAACGUCGCAACACCAGCAUACGGUGAUGCUUGGAGUCCAGGAAUGGGCAGCGGGAUGACACCAGGGGCGGCAACAUUCUCACCGUCUGCAGGGUCAGAAGUAGGAGGCAUGAGCCCAGGUGGAUUCAGUCCAUUAUGGAGUCCUAAUCCACAGUCUCCGUCUUCUCCUGGUCCUUCAAGUCCUUACAUCCCAAGUCCUGCGACAGGCGCAAGCCCAGGUUAUUCACCUGCCAGUCCUGCCUUUAUGCCAAGCUCACCGUCGAUGUCACCAGCAAGUCCAUCUUAUUCUCCAACAUCACCUGGCUACUCUCCCUCUUCUCCAUCUUCUGGGUAUUCUCCAGCAAGCCCAAGCUACUCACCAACCUCUCCUAAUUAUUCUCCGACAUCACCGUCUUAUAGUCCGUCAUCUCCAUCGUAUUCUCCGACGUCGCCAUCGUAUUCUCCGACAUCACCAUCGUAUUCCCCGACGUCGCCUUCAUAUUCUCCAACUUCUCCGUCUUAUUCUCCAACAUCGCCAUCGUAUUCUCCGACAUCACCAUCAUAUUCGCCGACAUCGCCAUCAUAUUCCCCGACGUCACCGUCAUACUCUCCGACGUCGCCGUCAUAUUCGCCAACUUCACCUUCAUAUUCUCCGACAUCUCCAAGCUAUAGUCCGACGUCGCCAUCAUAUUCGCCAACUUCACCUUCAUAUUCUCCGACAUCGCCGUCGUACUCGCCGUCUUCUCCGAGCUACUCACCUCAGUCUCCAUCCUACUCACCGUCCUCUCCCAAAUAUUCUCCAACUUCACCAAGCUACUCACCUACCUCUCCCAAGUACAGUCCUACCUCUCCAACCUACUCUCCUUCUUCUCCAUCGUAUUCCCCGUCAUCCCCCAAGUAUUCUCCUACAUCACCUUCCUACACCCCAGCCUCACCGACUUAUUCACCUACAUCACCGUCUUAUUCACCGUCGUCUCCACGGUACUCGCCAUCAUCACCAAGGUACACCCCAACUUCUCCUGAGUUCUCUCCCUCAUCGCCAAAGUACAGCCCUUCUUCGCCGAAUUAUUCGCCAACAUCGCCAACAUAUACACCGUUGUCAAGUCGGUACAGCCCAGCUUCACCUAAGUAUACCCCGGCGUCUGGGGCUGAUCCUUCAUCGCCGGAGUAUUCGCCUUCUUCGCCUUCUACCUUGUCCUCACAAUAUACUCCUAAAUAAGACAUUGACUGUCUUGCUUUGAACUCAAAGAUUYUUGAUUUAAUAGGAGGUCGAUAGAACAAUGAAAACCGACUAUUAUGAAGUGAUUGAAUGGACCAAAUACAGCAAUGAAAAAGAGAGAACUGCUWGACGCAGACUUUAUUCUUAGUAUAAGAUACUAGUAUCAAAGUGUUGUUUAUUAUAUAUCAGCUAGUAUGUGAUUGAAAUCAUUGAAUCAAACAAAGCUGAAAACUUUUUAUGAAUCAAAGCACCGAUCAAAGCUGCAAUGAACUUUGUUCAAAAACAACAAAACAUGAAAGAAAGAAGAAGAAAAAAAAACACAAAAGAAAUUAUUACCAAAAUACGGCGAUUACGUCGUUGAAAAAACAGUUUAAUGAUCAACAGUAAAAAAAAAAAUUAAAAAAAAACAUUCCAAAAAAGAUUACCUUAACUUACCGUAACUUGUUGAACGCUAGUAUUCUAGCAUGUAGUUUGAAUUAAUACUUGAUAGACGUGUUAAAUAAAGUAUUUAUGUAGA